AUGGACUCUUUAGAACCGGAAGCAGUUAACACGCAUGUCUCCGCAGAGCAGAUCCUGCGGGAUGUAUACAAGAAGGGCCAGAAGGCAAGAGGAUCGACCAAUAUUGACAUAUUAGACUUGGAAGAGCUUCGAGAAUACCAACGGAGGAAGAGAACAGAAUAUGAGGGUUAUUUGAAAAGAAAUAGACUAGACAUGGGCCAAUGGAUUCGUUACGCGCAGUUUGAGAUUGAACAGCGUGACAUGAGGCGUGCAAGAUCUAUUUUUGAAAGAGCUUUACUCGUAGAUAAUUCGUUCAUCCCGCUUUGGGUACGAUACGUCGACGCUGAAUUGAAAGCCAAAUGUGUUAAUCAUGCUAGAAAUCUGCUGAAUAGAGCCAUUAGUACGUUGCCCAGAGUGGAUAAGCUAUGGUACAAGUAUAUUAUAGUAGAAGAGUCAUUAAACAAUAUCGAUAUCGUACGAUCGCUGUAUACAAAGUGGUGUUCUUUGGAACCAGGUGUCAAUGCAUGGAACUCCUUCGUUGAUUUCGAAGUAAGGCAGAAAGAGUGGGCUCGCGUGAGAGAUAUUUAUUCUAAAUAUGUUAUGGUCCAUCCUCAAGUGAAAACGUGGCUAAAUUGGGCCAAGUUCGAAAGCAGACAUGGUAACGCCGGAUUUACAAGGAAUGUAUAUUGUCUAGCUUUAGACACCGUGGCUAAUCUUCAAAGUUUACAAAUUUGGUCUGAUGUGGAGAUUGCAAAGUUAGUAAACUCAUUUGCACAUUGGGAAGCUACGCAGGAGGAAUACGAAAGAUCUUCUGCUCUUUAUCGACUGGCUAUUGAAAAAUGGCCUUCAAGUCAAUCACUCAAGGACGGCAUGUUGAAUUUUGAAAAACAAUUUGGUAAUUUAAACUCUAUCGAAGAAACUAUCAGUUAUAAAAGGAAAAUGGACUAUGAAGCGUCAUUAAGUCGUGACGCAUAUGAUUAUGACACUUGGUGGUUGUACUUGGAUCUAAUUUCGGAAAGUUUUCCCACCCAACUAUUACAGUGCUUUGAAAAAGCUGUCAAGAUCGGUCAACCAAAAGAAUUCUCAAAGACAUUUCAUUGGAAAAGGUAUGUUUAUCUGUGGAUUAGAUACAUUUGCUAUGUGGAGUUGGAACUGGAAGAUGUGGCACUGGUGGAUAGACUUUUUCAAAGGCUACUUGAUGAUAUUAUUCCUCACCAGCAUUUCACCUUUUCAAAAAUAUGGAUAAUGUACGCUAAAUUCUUGAUACGACAGGAAAACGUAUCAAAGGCAAGGAAAAUUAUGGGUAAAGCCAUCGGCCUUUGUCCCAAGGCAAAAACUUUCAAAAGCUACAUCCUAUUGGAGGUGAAGUUAAAGGAGUUCGACCGUGUCAGAAAAAUAUAUGAAAAAUUCAUUGAAUUCCAGCCCUUUAAUUUGAGUAUUUGGAUCGAAUACGCAGAGCUGGAAGAGAAUUUAGGAGAUGAAGACAGAGUGAGAGGCGUUUAUACUAUUGCAUUGGAUGAAAAUUCGGAGUUUCUCACAACGGAGGCGAAGGUUGAGCUACUUCAAAAGUACAUAACUUUCGAGACUGAAUCACAGGAAUACGAGAAGGCAAGGACGCUUUAUAGAAGGUAUUUGGAGCUGAAUGAAUUUUCUGUUCAAAGCUGGAUCGAAUUUGCCAUGUAUCAAAGUUCAACCCCAACGGAUCAGCAGUUAUCCGAUUUAGCAAAACUCCAAAGUGAGAAUGUAGAUGAAGAUAUUGAAUUUGAAAUUACUGACGAAAAUAAAAUGGAAGCAAGAAAAAUAUUUGAAGAGGCAAUCUUGUUCUUCAAAAACAGUGGUGAUAGACAAGGGAGAAUGUCUAUUUUAGAAGCAUUGAAAGACUACGAGGAAACAUAUGGUACUGAGCUCGAUAAAGAAAAUGUUAGCAAGAGGUUCCCUAAAAUAGUCAAAAAAACAAAGCUGGAAGAUGGUAUAGAGGAGGAAUUUGUAGAUUACGUAUUUCCGGAUGAUAUCGAUGACGACAAGCCGAAGCCAUCAAAAUUUUUGGAAUUAGCCAAAAAAUGGAAACAAGAACAGGCACUUUGA